AUGCUGUGCAAUUCCUUCAGGCUGUCGCGAUGGGUUGGCGACUUGAAACUACUGGAGCGUGAAAAGCGUAUGCUGCUGCUUGAGCGACUGGAAGAACUUGAGCGAGACAAGACUUUCACAACCGGAUGUUUUUGCAAUUGGAUGUUUUCUUCGUCUUUGACUGAUUUUCGUUUUGCAUUUCUUCUUCUUCUUCUUCUUCUUCUUCUUCUUCUUCUUAUUAUUAUUAUUAUUAUUAUUAUUAAUAUUAUUAUUAUCCUUCUUCUUCUUUUUCUUCUUUCUUCAUCUUCUUUUCUCUUCUUUUUCUUCUUCUUUCUUAUACUUUUACUUCUUAUUAUCCUAAUUCUUUCUUUUUCUUCUUCUUCUUCUACUUCUUUUCUCUCCUUUUUCCUUCUUCUUUCUUAUACUUCUUAUUAUUAUCCUACUUCUUCUUUCUUCUUCUUCUACUUCUUUUUCUUCUUCUUCUUCUUCUUCUUCUUCUUCUUUCUUCUACUUCUUUUUAUUCUCCUUUUCUCUUCUUCUUCUUCUUCUUCUUAUUAUUAUUAUUAUCCUUCUUCUUCUUUUUCUUCUUUCUUCAUCUUCUUUUCUCUUCUUUUUCUUCUUCUUUCUUAUACUUUUACUUCUUAUUAUCCUAAUUCUUUCUUUUUCUUCUUCUUCUUCUACUUCUUUUCUCUCCUUUUUCCUUCUUCUUUCUUAUACUUCUUCUUAUUAUUAUCCUACUUCUUCUUUCUUCUUCUUCUACUUCUUUUUCUUCUUCUUCUUCUUCUUCUUCUUUCUUCUACUUCUUUUUAUUCUCCUUUUCUCUUCUUCUUCUUCUUCUUCUUCUUCUUCAGUGGUUACUAUUACUAG